AUGCGGUACCUACUCUUUCCGGGAGUCCCACCGUCAGCUGUUGUGACAUCAACCAUCGGUGGUGCCUCGGCAGUUCCAGUGGUCGAGGGAAAACAGAAGAGCAACACGCUGAGCAAAUCCUCCCUCAAACAAGUCAAAACCAAAAGAACUGACAGAUUAUCACCCGUGCCGGGCAAAAAGAGUGAUCGUCAUAGGGCAAGAGAUGCCUCGAAUGACAGCAAGGAAUCACGUCAAUUAAAACGGCAGUCACAGCACAUGGCAAAACAUUAUAUCAUCCUUGAUCCAAAUCAAGGCACCUUAGUACGACCGUCCGGGAACACUAUUCGCCCCUUCCUCACACCACCAGCGAAGAGGAAGAGCAGUGGUCCGGCUGCUGCAAGCCAGUCCACCGUAAAGAAAGAUAGUGAGUCCACCGAUGUCCUCGAAAACCGACAUUUCCUGCCUCCUGAAUGUGAGUAUACGGCUCUGCUUCGUAAUGCUAAAAGGCCCGAGCUGCGCCAAUCAACCAUCUCCGGUCCGGCCUCCCAAGGACCCAAUCAAUACUUUAUUAUCACUAGCGCCAGUAGCGCAUGCAACUUCCAGCCUGAAGGAACUCCCCAAAACGGCCUGGCGCCAAUGAAUGCAACCCUACAAGGUCUCACUGAGCAACACCUGCAGCAACAGCAGCAGCCCUCAACUGGAACCUUCUCCCUAUCCCGCCAUAUACCCGAACGUUCAAAGUCGCCCUCCUCCUCCGCGUCGCAGAGUGCUGGCCUUGAAACGCCACCGCCAGCCAGACGGCAAAUGAUUUUGACAAAAAUUGGUGGUGAAGAGGGUGUUCUCGUGUUUCCUGAAGUUCACAAAGAAGAUCUGCCCACGACGUCAGGCCUCAACAAUACCCUUGCGCGCACACCAGACAGAUAUGGAAUACCGCGUAGUGAAGAGAACAAUUUGCCAAUCGUUAACAACGAAUUUGGUUUUGCAAACUCAGAAUCUACUCGGACCACACAGCGGAUUUGUGCGGAAGAGGACUCCGGUCUCCCACGCUUCGUCAACCCGCGCGGUACUGCCUCGCCAUUGUUUCAGUCUGACUAUAUAUCCCUGGAGGACUUGAUGAAUAACUGCGUCUGA